UCUCUGCGGUUUCACGUUUUCAUCACUGAUCCCAGUCCUGGUUCAGGUGUGGGUGCGGGUCUGGUUUCUCCUCGGGCAGGGGCGGAGACAGUUCGGUGGGGCGGUGUGAUGAAGAGGAGGAGCAGCUGGUCUCGGUUCAGUCUGUCGCAACGUUUUCUUCUCUUUGUUUCUCAAGGAAAGUUCUGAUGGGCCAGCCGGGACCGCGCCGAGCCGGGUUAAAGUGGCAUUAAAGGCGGAUUAAAGGCGGGGAGCAGCGGGACCCGCAGCGGGCCAGGGGGGACUGGGUUCGGCUUCAGGUCUGAUCGGGUCCGGACCAUGGGUCGGUGGGACUGACGGACUUCUGAGGAAACUUUUUUUUUGUGGCGUUUCCAUGGAGAUGGGAGUCUUCCCUUCCAGCUGAGGAAGCUGAUUAGACUCCGAUAAAGUAUCGAUACUCUGUAUUGAUCGCGUAUUGAUCGGAGGGAUGGCCGCGCUCCCGCUACUGUUGCUGCUCGUGCUUUGGACCUGCGGACACGCCAAAGGCGCGUUCCCGCUGCGACAGUCCUACAACCUGUACACCAAUGGACACGCGCACGGAGCCCGCGCUGCCAGCAGGCACAGGAACUGGUGUGCGUUUGUGGUCACAAAGACGGUGAGUUGUGUGGUUGAGGAUGGAGUUGAAACCUACGUGAAGCCUGAUUAUCAUCCCUGCAGCUGGGGGAGCGGACAGUGCAGCCGGGUGGUGGUUUAUCGGACCUACAUGAGGCCGCGCUACAAAGUUGCCUACAAAAUGGUGACAGAGAUGGACUGGAAGUGUUGCCAUGGUUACAGUGGAGCAGACUGCAACAUUGGUCCAGCUGGUGGAGUAGGGACCCAGAUAUCCACCACCAGACCUCAGCCCGGACAGGGAGGGGGGACGACCAGUGGACAAGGUGGAGGAGGGCAUAGUUAUGGGGGAGGCAGUUCUGGAUCCGGACAGUCUGGAGGAAACGCGGACAACGAGAAGAUGAGACAGCUGGAGGAGAAGAUCCGCAGUCUUACAAAAAAUCUCCAGGACCUUCAGUCCACCAUGAGCACCAUGAAUGAGCGCUUACAGGAGGAGGGCGGCAGGAAUGGACUUGGUGGAGGAAGCUCAGGAGGAAGAAACCCUGCGGAUGCUGCUCAGCCCGAGAUUAAAGAGACGAUUCACAGCAUUCAGACCAAACUGGACCAGCUGGACAACCGCACACAGGCUCACGAUAAAACCCUGGUCAGCAUCAACAACCACCUGGUGAACGGGAAAGGUAAUGAGCUGGAGGGAGGUGUGUCUGGAGGAUCGUUAAGUGAAGGACGGCUGAACUCACUGAAGGAGGAGAUCCUGAGCGAGCUGGAGAGGAGAGUGUCGCUGUCCUGCUCCUCCUGCCAGGCCGGCGUGGAGGAUCUGCGCAAACAGCAGCAGCAGGACCGUGAGAGGAUUCGAGCUCUGGAGAAGCAGAUGAACGCCAUGGACGCCCAGUAUCGGCAGAGCCUGGACGGGCUGCGGCAGGAGGUAGUGCGUUCGCAGGGAUGUUGCGACAUCAUCAGUGACCUCCAAGACCGCGUAACUGAUGCUGAACGCAAGAUCAGCACGGCCUCUGAGAACUUUGAUAUUCUGCAGAACCGCAUGGACAGGGAGCUCAGCGGACAAGGUGGCACCAGUAGCAGCGAAAACACUGGGUCUGAAACCGGCGGGCAUGGUAGGGAUGCCGUGGUAACAGAGGAACGCCUGAACAACCGACUGAAGGAUCUGGAGCGACGGGUCAACAGCACUAUGCAGAAAACUGAAGAGAGCUGCUCAUACCUGGAGAACGACGUGAAAGACUACUUCCACAGAGAACUGGACGAGCUGAGGUCCGUGUUCCUGGAGCGGUUUGAUGACCAGGCUGACAGGAUCGCAGACGUGGAGCUGGACGUGGAGCGGGUCAAGGCCAGCAUAAGUGAUCAUGACAAGCGGCUGUCGAAACUAGAAAACACCACCUCCCAAAUGAACUGGAGGCUGGAGAAGUGUGGCUGUGUAGCGUCUGAACAAGGAGGAGGAGGUGACGGGGGAUAUGGAGGUGGGACGUGGGGAGCCGGUGGAGGAGGAGGAGGAGGAAGUACAGGGGGAGGAGGACGCUGGGGAGGUACCGGGGGAGGAUUACCGGGAACGGGAGGAGAAAGAGACAAUUCAACCAAGAAAUCUCUGGAGUGGAGAGUGGUGGCUAACGAGGAUCAGAUUCGACAUUUCAACACUCGACUCAAAGACCUGUCGAUGUCCGGAGACUCUCUGUAUGGCAAGGUUUUGGACCUGACCCAUGACGUCGGUAAAAUCAAAGCCCUGACCGGUGAUCACGGAGAACACUUUAACCGAAUCGUGACGGUGGUGGAGAUGCUGGGUGAGGACUGCGAGCUGUGCAGGAAGGUGGAGGAAGAGCUGCAGAAGAUGAAGAAUUAUUCCCAGAAUGCGCUAUCAAAUAUCCAGAACCACAUCGACAGAAUCCAGAACAGACUGGACUCAGAGGGAGACAGCUGCUUCCAGAUAUGCUCAGACCUGCAGAGUGAAGUCAGUGUUCUGAGGGAUGAUGUCAGGAGGUGCACCAACCAAUGUAAGAGCAACCCGGACAUGACCACAGGUGUUGAUCAUGCUAGACCUGGUGGCACAGAUGACAACAGUGGACAGCUGGAUCCUGCAAAGCCUUUAGACGGCCAUAGUGUGAUUGAAGGCAUCAACAAUAACCACCUGAAAACGCUGCAGGGCGAACUGUCUAAUGUCAUCCUCACCUUCAGCUCCAUCAACGACACCCUGAAGGGUUUGGAGCACACGGUGCAGAAACACGACAGCGUCAUCACGGACCUCGGAAAUACUAAGGAUAAGAUCAUCUCUGAGAUAGACAAAGUCCAGCAGGAGCUCACAGAGCACAUGCAAGACAACCGGGAUCGUCUGGAUAAGAUGGAAAGGGACAUUCGGCGAUUUGAGAGUACAGUGCUUGAGAUGGGAGACUGUAAGAGGUCCGGAGACGGUCUUGAGAAGAGGCUGUCAAAGCUGGAGGGAGUUUGCGGACGGUUGGAUGGGGUCUCUGACUCCAUCCUCAAAAUCAAGGAAGGACUGAACAAACAUGUUUCGAGUUUGUGGACGUGUGUUUCUGGUCUGAAUGACACCGUUAUCCGUCAUGGAGGUCUGCUGGACUUUAUCCAGAACGGCCAGGACGACAUCCACAGCAGAGUGAAGAACCUGAACUCGAGCUUGAACCAGGUCUCCAGAGACCUGCAGAGUUUGUCAGAGCAUGACCUGACGGGCCCGGCACUGCUCAGCAGAGGCCCACCAGGACCUCAAGGACCCCCCGGAGAACGAGGCUUCAAUGGGCUGCCUGGCCUCCCAGGGCCCCCUGGAUUUCCAGGACCACAAGGAGAAAUUGGCCCGCCUGGUCCCAAAGGGGAAACAGGUCUUCCUGGCGCUGAUUCUCAAAUCCCCAAAUUGUCGUUCUCUGCUGCUUUAACUGCCCCCAUGGACAGAGCAGGAACCAUCGUCUUUGACAAGGUUUUUGUCAAUGAAGGAAAUUUCUACAACCCGAGAACAGGUAUCUUCACUGCACCUAUAGAUGGAAAUUACUACUUCAGCGCCGUCCUGACAGGUCAUAGGAACGAAAAGAUCGAGGCAGUCCUGUCAAAGUCGAACUACGGCAUGGCCCGCGUGGACUCUGGAGGCUAUCAGCCUGAGGGCCUGGAGAACAACCCCGUGGCUGAGGCUAAAGUCAACCCAGGCUCUCUGGCCGUCUUUAGCAUCAUUCUGCCUCUGCAGACUCAGGACACGGUGUGCAUCGACCUGGUGAUGGGCAAACUGGCUCACUCUGUGGAGCCGCUCACCAUCUUCAACGGCAUGCUGCUGUAUGAAGACAAGUGAGCAUUUAUAUCGAUUUAUGGUGAACAAAAAGGCCUGAGGACCUGAACAGCGCUGUUUAAGAUUCAUGACAAACCCACAGGAGACGGGUCCAUAAAGUAUGAUGUCACUUCCUAAUUUGGGAGUGAUCGAGAACUGAUGGCAGAGUGUUUUCGAUGAAGCUUCUUGGUUGAUUUCAGCAUCAGUAUAACGUGUUUUUAACAGAUCACACAGACUGCACAGAAAACUUUUUCUUCAGAGGAGGCUUUACGUCGCCUCUUAUGUGGAUGCCAGAGUGGAUUUACUAUAAACCCAGUCAGCUGAUCUGAUGUAGUCACAUGGUCUGACCUCAGAGCAGCACUGUGAGAACCGACGUCCCUGUAAACCAGGAUAAGCUGAUGCCUGCCAGACCUGCUUCCUCCUACUAGAAAGCCUCUGGAAACACACCGACGCAUGUGGUGAAGAGUUCCAGUUUUAACCAUGUAACGUGCUGUUAGUGCCCUCUAUAGGCCGCAGAGCUCAUUACAUCAAUAAUGUGAACAAACAUUCUGAUGAUUUAUAGAUGAUUGGCUGCCACAUAAAGUUUGUACUGAGGGUGGUGCUACAGAAAGUUUGUGAAGUCACAAAAAUGCUAUUAAAGAUAUCAGUUAAUGAUCAUUAGAGCGGUAGAUGUUGAGAUAAAGUGGAUGUUUAUCAAAUUUAAGCCCCCUUCUGGGCAAAUGAGCAUGACUUUAAAUGUUAAUGCACUGUUACUCAUACCCACCACUCAGUCCGCUCCCCCUGCCACAACCGCUCCGUCUUAUCCAGAUGUUGCUCUGCAGGCAUUAGAUGCUGACAGAUGUAAUCAGGUGGUGGGUCAGGUUUUCCACAAGGAUGAUGUUUAGUGCUGAAUAGUGAUUUAUGAGCCUUCACUCCUGCCCCCUGAUGGGGGUUUCCGUCGUCUUUUCUGUUGAGCAGAUGUGCUGUUGAUUCUUUUUCGUGAUCUUCAUUAUUUUUAAGUGGAAAUUUCGUCCCCCAGAAAAUGAAAGGACACGUGCCGUUACCUUAAGAUGGGCGAAAAUAGAAAUUAGAAAACGGAAAUUUUUCUAGCACUCUCUUUGAAAUAUGUUUUUCAUUGCCGCAACCAAGUAGAUUUAGUGCUUAAAAGGAACAAAACAAAGAUUGAAAAUAAGCCUUUUAACAUCCACCAGGUGAUAGAGUUAGGCUUAAGGUUUGGUUAAUGUCCACCUAUAUAUUAAGCAUACAGCUAAAGCAAAACUUGACACUUGUCAGCCACCUUUUAGGCAGAAAUGUUGCUUUAUAUUGUUUCAGGAAGUUCGUUAAUUCAUUUUCAGAUCCUCCACGAGCGGCGCACCGUUUUUGCUUAAUUACAGAAAAACGAGAAACAAACUGCUCAGACUUUUCUGUACAGCUGUGCCUGUUAUUGAACUUGUGACUGGUGAAUCUUUGGAUAUCUGUUAUUACUGAUGGUGGGAUAUAUCCCAUCGCCACCCCCAUGCCCUACCCUCACAGGUCAGUGGUUGUCUUGGCAACAUGAGACUUUGUGACUUUACAUACGAUGAAAGAAAACCAAAGAAAGCUUUUUUGCUCUGAUGCUUUCAGCAGAAUGUCUAUCUAUUUUCAAUCUGUGUGGAUUUUCUUUUUAACUGAGAUGAGUUCACAUUGUGAAUGUUUUUAUAUUAAACAGCACUUUUUCUUGUUUUUAUUGUCAUUUUUAUGUUCUAACAAAUAUUUAUCACAGAAUUUCACAUUUAUGGACAAACGUUAAAGGAUGGAAAUACUCCGUAUUUUCUUACUGUCAAGAAAUACCAUAAAAGCACAGUGGUGGAAGAAAUAUUUUGAACCUUUACUAAGUAAUAAUACCACAUUGUACUGUACUUAAGUAAAGAGAGUAACACCACUUGUAAAAAUAAAGAAUUACUAUUAACGA